AUGACAUCCAUAAUUCUCAAAAUUGCCAAUACUCCAGAGCGAUAUUUACAAUUUUCUAAUCUUGCCUAUCUUCAUCCCGAUGAUUGUGCUCAAUUUGAGCAAGCGAAAUGUCCUUGGAUCCAAUGUGGUAGACUCAUUACCAAGUAUGCCUCUUUUCCAAGUGUUGCUAAAGGCACCAUUUGUCUCAACAAAUUUAUGAGGCAACAUGCAGGUAUUGAAGUAGGUCAAGAUUGUACCUGUGAAGGCUAUUCCGAAAAGAAGAGCUUUUCCACUUCAUCUUCGGCCAUCUCUUCUAUAGUUUUUGAACUUCGCUUUUUGAAUGAAAAUACAGUGGAGAAGAAAAUCGUCAAUGUGUCAAAUCUCAUUCCACUCUUGAGAAAAUGUUAUGGAGGUCAUAUUCUUCAGAGAGGUCAAUCACUGGCAUUGGUCUAUCAUGGAGAAAUUAUUGCAGCUAAAAUUGUAUAUACCUCUCAAAAGAAUGUUUUGAUCUGUGAUGACGAAAACAGUAAUGUUAUUUAUGUCACGACUGCUAAAGAAAAUAAGGUGAUGAAAUUAACCAAUCUUCCAUAUGAUAUUAAUCAAAUACCAAAACACGAUUCAAAAAGUUCUUCCUCUGUCUCAUUAUCUUCAGCUCUGAAUGACAAUUUGAAUAAUCAUAGCAAUAAUGGUGGUAAGGUCAUGACACUGAUGGAAGAAUCUUUAACAGAAGAAGAAGAGGACGCCGACCAAAUGCAUGACAUUUUCAAUUCAGAAUUUACCUUUGAAACACUGGGUAUUGGAGGUUUAGAUAAACAAUUGAACACCAUUUUCAGACGAGCCUUCUGCUCUCGAGCGUAUCCUCCUGACGUUGCCGAAAUGAUGGGUGUAAAGCAUGUGAAAGGUUUGAUUCUAUAUGGUCCACCUGGAACAGGAAAAUCGUUAAUUGCCAAACAAAUUGGUCAAGUUUUGAACUGUAGAACAAAGGAAGUAGUGAAUGGACCUGAAAUCUUCAGUGGUCUGGUGGGUUCUUCAGAAAAAAGAAUUCGAGAUUUAUUUGCUGAGGCUAUUGCGGAUUACAAAGAUAGAGGAAAGAAUGCAGAGUUGCAUCUUAUUAUUAUUGAUGAAAUUGACUCGAUUUGUAGGAAGCGAGGCAGUAUGUCUGAUAACACUGGAGUUCGAGAUGGUGUUGUGAAUCAAUUAUUGACCAUGAUGGACGGUGUCGAAUCAACACCAAAUGUAUUAGUGAUUGGAAUGACCAAUCGAUUGGAUUUAUUGGAUCCAGCAAUGUUAAGACCAGGUAGAUUUGAAGUUCAAAUUGAGAUUGGUCUUCCCAACGAGGAAGGAAGAAUGCAAAUUCUGAAAAUUCACACAUCUGCUCUUGCUAAAAACCACUUCCUCUCUAGCGAUGUUGAUUUUCAAAGUAUUGUAGAUAGAACCAAGAACUUUACUGGUUCUGAUAUAAUGGGUUUGGUCAAUUCAGCACGAUCAUUUGCUAUGAAUAGAGGAAUAGAUUUGAAGAAUAAGAAAGUUGUGGCAAAGAAUGUCAAGGAGUUCAGUUCUCAAAUCCAAGUAACAAUGGAUGAUUUUAAUAGGGCUUUGAGCGAAGUUAAGAAACCAUCAUUUGGAGUUGAUGAUUUGAAAUCCUAUAUGGGAAAAGGAAUUAUAAGAUAUGGAGCUGAAUUUGAAAAACUUUAUGAAAAAUGUAAUUUAAUUUUGAAGCAAGUCGAUCAAGGAGAGAAUACCUUCUUGACAAGUAUUUUGUUGGAAGGUAAAAAGUUUUGUGGAAAGACUGCUUUGGCUGCUCAUCUUGCUCUCGUUUCUCACUUUCCAUAUGUACGAGUUGUUUCUCCCAAUUCUAUGGUUGGAAUGGAUGAGUUUGCCAUGUGUCAACAUGUUGCUGAAGCUUUUCUUGAUGCAUACAAGUCUGACAAGAGUAUUGUUGUGUUGGAUAAUAUUGAACGUUUAAUUCAACUAGUUAGAGUAGGACCUCGUUUUUCUAAUAUGAUGCUUCAAACUCUAAUGACCUUUUUGAAGAGAAAUCCUCCAGCAGACCGAAAAUUAUUAAUUAUUGGAACGACUAGUACGCUCCCUUCGUUGGAAUCCUUGGAUUUGGUGGAACAAUUUGACCGAGUUCUCACUGUCCCAUCAGUCACAGGAGCAGAGAAUAUCAAGGGAGUGCUUAAAACUAAUGACCUCUUUGCUAGAGACAAUGAAAAGUGUGACAAGCUUGUGGACUCGCUCAUUGAAAACGUUGGUGACAAAAUUCCAAUCAAACAACUACUCUCCAUCAUGGACGUUGUCAUUUCCAACAAGCAAAUGUCUAUUGACGAUAUCUUGGAAUUAAUCGAUAUCAAGAAAGUGUAA